AUGGAUUCCUCUACCAAAUUGUUGUUUGGUCCUGAUUGGGACCUGGAAGAAUGGACCGCAUCAGAUGACCGAGUGCGCGGUGGAUCGUCCGUUUCAAACCUCUCUCCCAUUGCCGACGGAAUACUCUUUCACGGUAACCUCGACAUCGAAACCCUCGGUGGUGCUGGAUUCGCCUCACAGCGGACGGUCGGCGGCGAUAAAAGAUGGGACCUCAGCGCGCACGAUGGAAUUGAGCUUCACAUCCUUUCUUCGGACCACAAACGCUACACCUUCUGUUUGACGGAUGAGAUCGCACCGCGAAGGCCAGAUGGCCGGGAGCAGAGUGCCCUGGUGUGGGAGUUCGAUUUCUGCAUAAGAGAAACAGAAUCCAUUGUCCGCGUGCCGUGGAAAGAAAUGAAAGCAACCUACCGCGGCAAACCUGUGGAGGGCGCAAGACCAUUGGACGUGUCGCAAAUAAAGAGAUUCCGGAUCAUGGCUCGGAGUUUCUUCGGCGAUCAACAAGGCACAUUCACCCUGGGAAUUCGAUCCAUCGCUUUGUUUCGUGACUCUUACCAUGACAAUCCCAAUGUGACCCAGGAGACCAUGUGUUACGAUAAUGAGAAAUCGGGACAUGCGGACGAGCAGGUUCAAGACAACCAGAAAUGGUCCUUCUUGGCUUGUUGUUUCUCCUAG